UAACCCCACGGGUCACCAAACAUCAGUCGUCCGUCUGUAAUUCAAAAUAAUUUUUCGUGUCAUUAAUCCAACGUUCAUACUUACAUAAUAUUAUUAUCAUACUAAACGGUUUUUCCCAUUUUCGUGCCAGCAAGUCAACAUGAACGUGAAAAUCGCAAUCGCAUUGUUCGCAGUUGUGACGGUACUCCAGCUUUCGCACUGUAAACCAACUCAUCGGAUUGUUAGAGAAACUAAUGACGAAGAUGAGGGUAGAACCAAUAAAAUCAAAGAAUUUUUUGGUCAGUUUUAUGGAGGCUCUAAACCUCAGUCACAAUCGCCUUCAACACCGACAUAUCAGCAAGGUUCUUCAUCGCCAUAUCAGCCAGAUUCGUCAAAUCAGCCAGAUUCAUCGACAUCAUAUAAACCAGAACUAUUGACAUCAUCUGUGGAGGAGACUCCAGCUGGGAUCGAAGAUAAAGACUGAGGUACAGCCCAUACAAAUUACAGGCCGAGUCGAUACCAAAAAAACUUCCCCAAACAAAUCAAUUUACCAAAAAUCAAAACCAAAUUGCUCAAUCGAUAAACCCUGGUCAAUACUUGAAUUUCAAUUUUACUGGUGCAUCUGUACUCUUCAAGGCCGACGAAUAGUAUAACAGAAUA